AUGUGGCGGUCCAAACGGCCCGGGCGCAACAAGGCCGGGUCGAUGUCGGUGGGCCUGUUGGUUGCCGCCACCACCACGACACCUUGGAGCUCCUCGACUCCGUCGAUUUCGUUGAGCAACGACGUGAGCACGUUCUGGCCCGCCAGGGUCGCCGACUCGUCGCGGCAGGCCAAGGCGUCGAUCUCGUCCAAAAACACAAUCGACGGCGCGGCCGCGCGCGCCUUGCGGAAGAUCUCGCGCACCGCGCGCUCGCUCUCGCCCACAUACUUGUUGAACACCUCGGGGCCCUUGACGGCCAAGAAGUUGAGGCCGGACUCGGACGCAAGCGCUUUGGCCGCGAGCGUCUUGGAGCAGCCGGGCGGGCCGUACAACAAGACGCCCUUGGGCGCGGAGAUGCCGAGGCGGGCGAAGGUGGGCGCGGCCGAGAGCGGGAGCUGCACCACCUCGGUGAGUUUCUGCUUGAGCGCGUGCUGGCCCGCGAUGUCGGCCCAGGCGACGCGCGGCAUCUCCAAGAAGAUCUCGCGCAUGGCGGACGGGCGCACUUCGGCGAGCGCGGCGUCCAAGUCGCGCGCCUCCACCUGCGUGUCGACGUGCGAGCCGGAGGCGAGCGAGACCGAGUCGAUGGGUCUGUUGUCAACCGGGCCAGCGCUGCUUUCCGUUUCAGGGAUGCUUUCCGUUUCAGGGCUGCUUUCCGUUUCAGGGCCGUUUCCCGUUGUUUCACUUUGGUGUCCCGUUGUUUCACUUUGGUCUCUCGCGAGCGCCCGCCCGAUGGCGCGCAUCACGCCCUCGCGGCACACGGCCGCCAAGUCCGCGCCCACGUAG